CUCUUAGCGUCUCUGUUCCAGGGUACAUCCCCAGCUACCUGGAGAAGGAUGAGCCAUGUGUGGUGUGUGGGGACAAGGCAACUGGCUACCACUACCGCUGCAUCACCUGCGAGGGUUGCAAGGGUUUCUUCCGCAGGACCAUCCAAAAGAACCUCCAUCCAGCUUACUCUUGUAAAUAUGAGGGCUGCUGCAUCAUUGACAAAAUCACCCGCAACCAGUGCCAGCUGUGCCGCUUUAAAAAGUGCAUCGCUGUGGGCAUGGCCAUGGACUUGGUGCUGGACGAUUCGAAACGCGUGGCCAAGCGCCGUCUCAUCGAGGAGAAUCGAGAAAAAAGGAAGAGGGAAGAGAUGGUGCGGACGCUGCAGGUGAGGCCGGAGCCGGACAGUGCGGAGUGGGAGCUGAUCAGGAUGGUAACCGACGCCCACCGAAACACCAACGCCCAGGGCUCCAGCUGGAAACAGAAGCGAAAGUUUUUGUCAGAUGAUAUUGGGCAGGGUCCAAUGAUGCCCACUUCUGACAGAGACAAGGUGGACCUGGAAGCCUUCAGCGAAUUCACCAAGAUCAUGACACCCGCCAUCACACGUGUUGUCGACUUUGCCAAGAAAUUACCCAUGUUCUCUGAGCUGCCAUGUGAAGACCAGAUCAUCUUGCUGAAGGGCUGCUGCAUGGAGAUCAUGUCGCUGCGCGCCGCCGUACGCUACGACCCGGAGAGCGAGACGCUCACGCUAAACGGCGAGAUGGCGGUGAAGCGCGAGCAGCUGAAAAACGGAGGGCUGGGCGUGGUGUCGGACGCCAUAUUCGAUUUGGGCAAGAGCCUCUCCCAGUUUAACCUGGACGACUCGGAGGUGGCGCUGAUGCAGGCCGUUCUGCUCAUGAGUUCAGACCGCUCAGGGUUGACCAGCGUGAAGAAGAUCGAGCAGUGUCAAGAGGCCUACCUGCUGGCGUUCGAGCACUACAUCAACUACCGCAAGCACAACAUUCCCCACUUCUGGCCCAAGCUGCUGAUGAAGGUGACAGACCUGCGUAUGAUCGGAGCUUGCCACGCCAGCCGCUUCCUCCACAUGAAGGUGGAGUGUCCCAACGAACUCUUUCCCCCUCUCUUCCUAGAGGUCUUCGAGGACCAGGAAGUGUGACUUUGUAGCGACUUCGAAACCAACCAAGGCAACCCCUUCUUAAAAGAACCUUGGACACAGAAGGAGAAAAAAAAGGGGUGGCUUUGACAGACGAGGACAUGUGCGGGGAGUUUGGAAAAGUUUGUCUUUUCAGUGGGAACGCGCCCUGUGAACAUUUUAUUUUUGUCCCCCUUUUUUAAAUCAGUCACCUACAAAACCCACCACCUGCCACC